AUGGCUUCCUCCCUGAGAGAGAAGCAAAUCCUGGCUCUAAAACGUAUGAUCAACUUUAACCAGCCUCCUACGAAAGCAACAUCAUCGGAACCACAAUGGAAAGUGUUAGUGUACGAUCGGUUUGGCCAGGAUAUAAUUUCACCAUUAAUGACGGUGAAAGAGCUUCGAGAUAUGGGGGUAACGCUCCAUUUGAACUUGCAUUCAGAUCGAGAUCCUAUUCCCGACGUGCCGGCAAUCUAUUUCGUGUUACCCACAGAUGACAACAUACAAAGAAUAUGUAGAGACUUUGGGAAUCAAUUGUACGAAUCGUAUUUCCUGAAUUUCAUAUCGGCCGUCCCACGACAAAAAUUAGAAGACAUCGCCAGCGCUGCCAUUCAGCAGAACUGUGUUCAUCAAGUUUCCAAAGUAUUUGAUCAAUAUUUGAACUUCAUUUCCCUGGAAGACGACAUGUUCGUACUAAGGAACCAGGAAAGGGACAGCAUAUCGUACUAUGCCAUAAAUAAAGGAGAUGUAAGGGACACAGACAUGGAAUUUAUUAUGGACACGGUUGUUGACAGUUUGUUCUGUGUGUUUGUUACCCUUGGUGUUGUGCCAAUCAUUAGAUGCCCAAGAGGUAAUGCAGCAGAAAUGGUUGCUGAAAAACUGGAUAAAAAACUUCGUGAAAAUCUACGAGAUGCACGUAACAGCUUUUUUACAUCAGAUAGUAUACAAACAGGUCAAUUUAGUUUUCAACGCCCACUGUUGGUGUUAUUAGACCGUAAUCUUGACUUGGCUACAAUGUUGCAUCACACAUGGACAUACCAGGCUCUAACACAUGAUGUAUUCAAUCUUCAGCUUAAUAGGGUUGAGGUUGAAGAAACUAUAGAGGCAAAAUCUCCAGGUGGUGCAGCAACGAAAAAGAAGAAAAGCUAUGACUUAAACCCUACUGACCGCUUUUGGCAGGCCCAAAAAGGCAGUCCAUUUCCAAUGGUAGCAGAAGCGGUACAAGAAGAACUUGAUUCAUACAGGGCACAAGAGGAUGAGGUUAAGAAACUGAAGGCUGUCAUGGGCCUGGAGGGUGAAGAUGAAUCUGCCAUUAGUCAGCUGUCAGACACAACAGCAAAGCUUACAUCCACAGUCAGCAACCUUCCAGAACUACUGGAAAAGAAACGUUUAAUUGACAUGCACACUAACAUUGCCACGGCAGUACUUGGUCAGAUCAAGGCUAGGAAACUAGAUGUUUAUUUCGAGACAGAAGAAAAGCUGAUGAGUAAAGCUGUCUUGGACAAGUCUCUGAUGGACAUGAUUUCUGAUCCUGACUCUGGGACACCUGAAGACAAAGUGAGGCUGUUUAUCAUAGCACUGAUAUGCGGGCCUCCCAUGAGUGAAGCAGAGAUUGACCAAUAUUGUGUAGCGUUGCAGGGAGCUAACUGUGACAUAUCCCCAAUCACUUACAUGCGGAGAUGGAAGGCAUACACCAAAAUGACAGCUGCUCCUAGUCAGUAUGGGGGAGGAGGAACUAAGACAGUCGGUAUGUUCUCCAAACUCAUGAAUACUGGCUCACAAUUCUUAAUGGAGGGUGUUAAAAACCUGGUCAUUAAGAAACACAACCUGCCUGCUACAAGAAUUAUUGAUGCGUUAAUGGAAAUGAAAACACUUCAAGAUGUGGAAGAUUUCAGGUAUUUUGACCCAAAACUUCUCAGAGCUGAUGCAUCUACUGUACCCCGAAACAAGUCUCCAUUCCAGGAGGCCUAUGUGUUUGUGGUAGGGGGAGGUAACUAUAUAGAAUACCAAAAUCUGAUGGAUUAUGUAAAGACAAAGUCGAGUGCUACAGGGCAGAGGAGGAUUGUAUAUGGAUGUAGUGACAUCUCUAGCGCCUCUCAGUUCUUGAAACAACUAGGCCAUUUAGGCAAAGAAAUGGGAUAGAUAGAGGCAAAUCAAUCAUGUUGUAAUAUUAACCUUCAAACAUCAAUACUAGAUUGCUAUAUGCCUGCCAAGAUUGAACAUAUUGAACAUAAGGCAGAAUUCAGAACGGUUACAAUUUGUUUUGGAUUGAAUAUGUCUUAUACAACGUUUAUUUAUUACAAAGUGAUGGAAAAUUAGGAACUGUGUAUUGAAAAUUUUCUUAAUCUUUUUAAGAUACAUAUUAAAACAAUUGCAUGAUAUUGAAGGCAGUGAAAUUACAUCAUUAAGUAAAAACACAUUGACAGUAUUAAAGUGUUUAAUACAUUUUAAUAAAUUUAUGUUUUACUGUGACGUAUACAUGUACAAUGUGUUGAAAAUUUACGUGAUUGUCGCUUUUUGAUUUGAAUAUUGUAAAUGUGGAAAAAUAUGUGAAUUAGAUUAAAACAGCAGACUAAUUAAUCACUUCCUACCAAAAAUAAUGGUUGUUACUUUUUGGCUUUAAAUUUUCUAUGAGUUAUUAGUUUGUUUAGGAAAUAAGAGGGAUAUUUUUGGCCCUAGUGAAAAUACUACAUAUGAUAAUGAUAAUACAAUAUUCUCUGAUUUGCCUGUAACAAAAAGAAAAAUUGUCCAUAGCAUUUACCAUGCAGUUUCUAUACAUACAGAUUGGUGCAAAUAAGAAUCUUUCCAUUGCAAUAUCCAUAUAUAAUGUAUGUACCAGCAUAAAGUAAAAAUUCUUACAAUGUUUUGCAUUAAUAAUAAAUAGAUGUGUUCUCCACGCUGUAGUUCAAAAAUAUCCAAGUUUGUUUGAUAUUGUGCAGUGCUGUACAAUGUGUAUAAGCUUGUAUUAAUUUGUUUUUGAAUUUAGAUCAAAACUUCAUAGGAAUACUGGUACUUUUCUCUCUUUAACUGUAUCAGAGUAGGAAAAAAUUGGAACAGUGAUGUGACAUCACAAAUAUUUACUUGUCACUGUAACAGCCGGGGGAAGACACUGAAUUGGGUACUCUACAUGAAAUACUGGCUAGAAUGAGUGAAGACAAAAACACUUAUUUAUUAACUGAAUAUGUUCUUGUAAAAAUUGUGUGAUUGUUGAUUAAAGGAAAGAGGAGGAUACACUGUA